AUGCGUUUCUCCGCAGCUGCUCUCGUUGCGGCCCUGCCCGCUCUCUCUGCCGCUCAAGAGAACCCUCUGGACCAAUACGUUGCUCAAUUCCAGCAAGUCUUGGGCCAGGUCAGCUCUUAUAUCCCAACCCCCGCCAAAUACGAUGCCGCUGCUGCUGAAGAGUCCAAGACGGGACCCUUGAAGCUCUCUGUCCUUGGUCAGCACAACUGGGAGGAGACGCUCUAUGCGCCUGUCACGGCCGGCGCAAAGACCCCCGAGGAGUGGUGGAUCUUGAUCACCGGCGGAAACAAGACAUGCUUCGGCCGUUGUGACCAGGUUGAAGCCGCUUUCACCGGAGCCGCAGCCAAGUUUGCGGAUCUCCCAACCACUCCUCACAUGGGCAUCCUCAACUGCGACGACCAGCCCAUCCUCUGCAAUGCCUGGGCCGCCGGCGUGGGCAGCAUCUGGGCCAUCGAGAUGCUCCCCAAGCCCGCCCCCAUCGACAUCUACAAGAAGAGGCUUAACCUUACCACCGUCACUACCGACGAGAUUGUCCAGCUGCAAGAGGCUGGCACCAAGGAGGAAUUCACCCUCCUCGAGUCGUUUUGGCACCCCUUCAAUGGCAAGGCUGCCGAGCUCGGCUUGUCCAUCCCCCUUGGCUACCUUCUCUGGGCCUUCAACCUCGUUCCCCAGUGGGCAUUCAUGCUGAUUGUCUCCUUCGCCAGCCGAAGCAUGAUGUAA